UGUAGCUCUGUGGCUAGGUUGGCAGUAGGUUGUUUUCCUGAUAGCCGCCUGGGGUUCCUACCCGUCGCCACUGAACUCCGCCACUGCAAAAUCGGUCAUCACGGCGGCACAACAGACGGACUACAUGUUACAGAUGGACCAGCAGGACCAGUCCUAUAUGUUUGCCAGUCUGAAACGGCCUCACUCGGAACAGCUGCUGCAAGGCCUCCAGCUCUUGCGGCAGGAUCACGAACUAUGUGACAUUGUCCUGCGUGUGGGUGAUGCCAAGAUCCAUGCCCACAAAGUAGUGCUGGCCAGCAUCAGCCCAUACUUCAAGGCCAUGUUUACAGGUAACCUGUCGGAAAAAGAGACAUCUGAGGUGGAAUUCCAGUGCAUUGAUGAGACUGCCUUACAGGCCAUUGUUGAGUAUGCCUACACUGGGACUGUGUUUAUCUCCCAGGAAACUGUGGAAUCUCUGCUACCGGCUGCCAACUUACUCCAGGUUAAGCUAGUACUUAAGGAGUGCUGCUCCUUUUUAGAAAGUCAGUUGGAUGCUGGAAACUGUAUAGGUAUCUCCCGUUUUGCAGAGACGUAUGGCUGUCAUGAACUGUGCCUGGCUGCAACUAAGUUUAUCUGUGAGAACUUUGAAGAAGUUUGUCAGACGGAGGAGUUUUUUGAACUGACACGGGCCGAGUUGGAUGAAAUUGUGUCCAAUGACUGCUUAAAGGUGGUGACAGAGGAGACUGUGUUUUACGCUUUGGAGUCGUGGAUCAAAUACGACGUAACUGAGCGACAGCAGCACCUGGCUCAGCUGCUGCACUGCGUCCGCCUUCCACUACUCAGCGUCAAAUUUCUCACUCGCCUAUACGAAGCCAACCACCUUAUACGAGAUGAUCACGCAUGCAAGCACCUGCUCAAUGAGGCCCUCAAAUAUCAUUUUAUGCCGGAGCACCGACUCUCCUAUCAGACUGUGUUGUCGGCACGGCCCAGGUGCGCCCCCAAGGUUCUGCUGGCAGUUGGAGGCAAGGCGGGGUUGUUUGCAACAUUAGAAAGCAUGGAAAUGUAUUUCCCACAGACUGAUUCAUGGAUAGGGCUGGCCCCGCUUAGUGUUCCCCGGUAUGAAUUUGGAGUGGCGGUCCUGGACCACAAGGUGUAUGUGGUAGGAGGCAUCGCCACGCACAUGAGGCAAGGCAUCAGCUAUCGGCGACACGAGAGCACGGUGGAGAGCUGGGACCCUGAAAGCAACACUUGGUCCACGGUGGAGCGCAUGGCUGAGUGCCGCAGCACACUUGGGGUGGUGGUCCUGGCUGGUGAACUGUACGCCCUCGGAGGCUACGACGGCCAGUAUUACCUCCAGUCAGUGGAGAAGUACGUCCCCAAGUUAAAGGAAUGGCAGCCUGUGGCACCCAUGACGAAGUCCCGCAGCUGCUUUGCCACUGCCGUGCUUGAUGGCAUGGUGUACGCUAUUGGAGGCUACGGCCCAGCCCAUAUGAACAGCGUUGAGCAGUACGACCCCAGCAAGGAUGCCUGGGAAAUGGUAGCCCCCAUGGCAGACAAGAGGAUCAACUUUGGAGUAGGUGUCAUGCUCGGCUUCAUAUUUGUGGUUGGCGGACAUAACGGAGUUUCACACCUGUCCAGCAUUGAGAGGUAUGAUCCACAUCAGAAACAGUGGACGGCAUGUCGGCCAAUGAAUGAACCACGCACUGGUGUUGGCUCUGCCAUCGUGGAUAACUACCUCUAUGUUGUGGGAGGCCACUCGGGGUCAUCCUACCUGAACACUGUCCAGCGCUAUGAUCCUAUCUCAGACAGCUGGUUGGACUCUAGCGGAAUGAUGUAUUGCCGUUGCAACUUUGGUCUGACUGCCCUUUGACCCAUGGCUCAGGCGGCUAGGACCCCAUGAGAGAACUUAUAGACACAAAGACGUUUCUUUUUUGUUGUCUCCUCCUUCUUCCCCACAUUCAUCCUCCAGGUGCAGAGGAGUGCUACACACAGACGUGAACACCAGAGGAGAAAGAGAGCGCCUGCUGGGUGGAUGGAUGUGCCGGGCUAGCUGGCCGGCUAAACGGGGACCACAAGCAUAGUAGCAGAAAUGAGAAAAGAGCUGCGAAGUUGUGCUGAAAGAAAGGAACAUGACGGGACAGAUUUUUGUCACUGGACUGAGGGGAUACCUGCUCUGCUGCUGCUGCUGCUGCACCACAAUGAGGACUCUGAGCCAUUUCCCAGAGGAUUGUGGGGGAAAACUUGUCACUUUUUGUUUCGAAAUGAUGUUAGCAGACAUUGUUUUGUGUCCUUCUUCAUGCCAUUAAUUAUGUUUAACACUUAAUGACGUCACUUAAUUUCCCUGCUGCAACUAGAACCGUGCGUUGACGUUUUGUAGAACACCGCAGUCGGCUGGUGUAAUAUGUAUGAAAAUGUGUUUGUCGGCCAUGUAGCGUGUGUGUCUGUUUGAAUGCUCGAGGGGUACAUGCAUGUCAAAUAGGAUUGUUUGUUUGUUUGUUUUGGUACGUGUCUGCGUGCAGAACUGAUGCUUUGGGCUCAGUGAUGAAGGAGUUCUGCAUCUAAAUCAGUGCUUCACAAGUAAACAGACAACUUUCAAUCUUUAUAUUUUCUCCAAAAGGGCUGCCUUUUUCUCUCUUGUAAAUAGUCUCAAUGAAAUAUAUAGAUAUGAAUAUAUCCUCUAGUGCAUUGCCUGUAAAUGUUUUUCUGCACUGGGUCACGUGUGUGUGUGUGCGCGCGUGUUGUGUGUUUGGAUGAGUGUUAAGUUUGAUUUCUGCGUUGAGGUGAAUAGCAAACUCUCUCCUGAGAGUAUUCGCCACCCGUCACUUCUUCAUACCCGGAGCCAUUAAACAGCCCCAUGUUCUAGCUUCUGUUACAUCUUCUUAAUGUCAGGUCAUGGACUUGCUUUUCUUCAUAGUCGUUGAAUUGGACCUGGGCCCUCUUUCUCCACCCUUUGGUCUGUACACAAUACCAACUGGUGCUAUAUUUAGGAUUCAGCUGUUUUGUCUGCGUUGCCUCAUACAAUUAGGUCAACCUCUCUUCAGCCUCUGCCGCAUUACAUCUUUGAUUUAUUUGCAUUGAAUUUUAAAGGCCCCAUAUAAGGCAAUAAAAAGGCCCUACUGAAUGGGAAACUUGUGAUUGGAUAACAGUAGUACUCUGAAUAUUAACAUCAUACAUAAAUGGAAGUUUUUUUUUUUUUUUUUUUUUUUUUUUUGUGGUUGUCCUUAAUUUAUAAUGAGGCUGAGUUAGUAUCACCCUUCUUCCGCAUAUUCCCUGGAGUAGAUUACGUUUGCCUUAUGUUCUUAAUUUCUGUCCCCAGUAUAAAGUCAAUCUCUUAGCAUGUAAUUGGUCCUGACACCUGCUCACUGCACUCACCACCAAACGUGAUUGUCAUGUAGCCUUGGUCUUGUUUGCAGGCUCAGGUAUGAGGUAAUCCGUUCACCGCUUCAUGUGAAGUGCCAAAAACCUAAACUUUUUUGUUUUUUCUUCUUCUUCUUUCUCACCUCCAAUGCUAGAAGCAGCUUCCCAUUGUGUGCCACAGUUAGAACAGUUGCUUUUGUGCCCUUAUAGUUCAUGUGUUAGCAUUACAUCUUCCAUGCCGUCUUAUGGAUGGAUGAUAAUAAAGCACCAAGGGCUGUGCCAGAACACUCAGGACAUGUCGCCACCUGUUCUGUGUCCUGGGAGGUAAAACCCCAGUGUGUUCCUAUGGGUGCAUCCAACUUCACGCCGGCUGAUGGUGCCACUAUGUGCAGCCUUUGCUAACAUCUAAUGGACACAUCAAGCAAUGCACAGCAAUAGAGGGGAGGGAGGUCUGAUGUGUCUUGUUGAGUCACUUUUGAAUAGUCAAGUCUAGUUUGAGCUGCUUUGUGCACUGAUGUCUGCACACACAAGUGGAAACUUACCGAGCUCUGCAUUGCACUUACCAAACGAUUUGAUACAUGUUGUCAUUUGUACAUAUGUUUUAAUUUAGUAUAAUGGCAUUUAGAUGCAAUAAGACGUUAUGUUCUCUCUGUGGAUGGAAAUGUUUUGUGUUUGUCUCUUACAAAAAAAAAAAAAAAAAAAGCCAAGGCAUCUCAUGUUGUAACAGAAACCACACAUGGCAUGUCUGUUGGUUGACACUGUUGGCUCCAAUGACACAAAUGGUACCCAUCAUGACUUUGCUUCAUCCCAAUCGUGUUGUCUUUUUAUUGUAUUUGCUUGUGAGCUUUUUGUUACAAGGCUUUUGUUUAUUUAAACAGACUGAGAUGAGUUGAUCUAAAAAAAAAAAAUGGUAUGGCCAAAAUUUGAUGUAAACACUUCUAAUAUAAAUACAGCUGUUCUCAAAACAUGGAGGUGAACACUAGACGGAACAGGUGCUCUUCCACUUCACUCUUGCACUCUACCCUUGGGUUGUUUGAUUAUUGUAACCAUUGCUGCAGACAGGAACUAACAGGACAUUUGCCUUUAAAUGGAUCACUGGUAAGAAGUUGAGUUAAAAAGUCAUUUCCUUUGAUUUCUGCUUCAUUUUGAAAAAAGUCACAAAUAAGCAACCCAGGGGUGUUCCUGCAUAUAUGUCAUUCUAGAAAAGUAUGACUGAUUUUUUAUUUUAUUUUAUUUUAUUUUUAAAUUUUGUAUUUAUGAUUAUAAAUCUUGUUUGUAUUUUUGGUUUUUCUGUUAUUUGAUUUGUUUUUUCUCACUUCUUGUAUUUAACUUUUUCUUUUAGACUUUGUUAGUCACUAAACAGCAACAGCACAAAUCACGCAGGCGUAAUUCUGAGCUGUCGCCAUGUUUCAUUCAGCAUCAAUGUUGUGUAUAAUGUCAUGAUUUCUGAGGUGAAUAGUAACUGCGACUUUAGUGAAUAUUGGAGUUACGCUGAUGAAAAUCUGAAAACGUGAAUCUGCAAAAUGAAGGGAUGUUUAAAUUAUGUUCGUACGCGUUUUUAUUAUUAAGGCCUAACCAAUGUCAUGAUUUUUGCCACCACUCUCACCAAAGUGCUUGUUCAAAGAAAGCAAAAUGGAUGACUUGAACCUGGUCUGCAAUGGACUGCCGCUCUAGUGUUUGUGUCUGAAAGAAGAAAAAAGGAAAUUGUUUGAAACUGAUGUCAACGUCAGCCAAAUGACCACUCUGCUUCUUUUACAUUUCCCAUAGUGUGUCUGAAACAAAGGUGACGAUCAUGAAUUUUAUAUCCUGUGGAUUAAUACUGGAAGUACAAGAUAACCUUAGGUGUAGAAACGGUAGCUUUUCACAUUUGAUCAUGUUUGAUUGAGGACAUUUUACAUACAUUUAAGUCUGUUUGUGUGGUGCGGUUGUACCCAGUUUAAAAUAAAUGCCUGCCUUAUAAGGUA